CCACGCCUUUUAAUCUCUCUGCUUGUUUCCACUACGACCAAGCCCGCAAGCAUUCUCUCCUAGGAACAUGCGGGGUUGCCAUGCGCCUUCUUAAAUACCUCCCGGACGGCGGCUUUGGGCUAACCUCUUUUGACGACGACUCCACUCCUCCGUACGCCAUCCUCUCGCACACCUGGACAGAGGGCCAGGAAGUCACUUACCACGAGCUGUUGGAGGGAACGGAUCCAAAGAAGGAUGGCUAUACUAAGAUCCGCUUCUGUGGCGAGCGUGCCGCCAAAGAUGGCCUCGAAUACUUCUGGGUCGACACCUGCUGCAUCGACAAGUCCAGAAGCGACGAGCUGAGCACGGCGAUCAACUCUAUGUUCCGCUGGUAUAAGCGGGCGACCAAGUGCUAUGUAUACUUAUCUGAUGUUUUGGUGCCAGACGAAGUCAUCGACGCCCAAGCCUUCCGCAAAUCGUGGGAACAAUCUUUUCGGCGCAGCCGGUGGUUCACACGAGGCUGGACGCUGCAGGAGCUGCUCGCACCACAUAGCGUCGAGUUCUUCUCGCGUAACAGCAGGUACCUAGGCACCAGAGUCUCACUGGAGCAGGAGAUACAACAUGCCACCGGCAUUCCCUGUAGGGCGUUGCGAGAUCCAAAGCUAUCCAACUUUAGCGUGGACGAGCGAAUGACAUGGGCGGCAGAGCGCACCACGACGCUAAAGGAAGACAAAGUAUACUGCUUGCUUGGGAUCUUUGGCAUCUUCUUGCCGCUCAUCUAUGGUGAAGGAGAGGAAUAUGCAACCCUGCGAUUGAAGGAUGAGAUACAGAAGCGCCACCAGGGGCAGGGAAAGAUGGAUCUACAGGACCUUCCCAUUUCCUCGUCACUACCGUUCCCCCGCAAUGAGCUCUUUGUCGGCCGAGAGAACCAGCUUCAGGCGAUUGAACGAACCUUCUUCUCAUCCAAUACCCACCGACGCAUGACGAUAUACGGACUGGGGGGCUGCGGAAAAUCAGCGCUUGCGCUUGAGUUCGCAUAUCGCGCACUAGCAAGACAUGCAAGACGUUUGGUCUUUUGGGUGCCUGCCAUGAGCCACGAAAGCUUCGAUCUUGCUUUCCGAGAAAUCGGCACCCACCUCCGCAUACCAGGAGUCAAUGACGACGAUGCAAAUGUCAAGCAGCUCGUGAAGGAGACAUUAAGUCAAUCGGACAAUUGGCUGAUGAUUGUUGAUAAUGCCGACGAUUCUAGGGUAUUGCUCGACUCUGAUAGCCAGAAACAGUCAACUCGAUUGGUCGACUAUAUCCCGUACAGUAGUGGAGGUUUGGUUCUUUUCACUACUCGCAGUAGGAAGGCGGCCACAGAAUUGACCCAGACUUGUAUUCUCGGGCUAGAGGACAUGGACCAAACUGAGGCUCGGCAGCUGCUUGCGCAACGAAUCUCAAGACAAGCGCUACUUAAUGAUAAGGUGGCUAUCGAUGAAUUACUCAAGUCGCUCACAGGUCUGCCGCUUGCCAUUGUACAGGCGACAGCGUUUAUAAACGAAAAUGACAUAUCUAUAACUAACUAUAUGUCAUUGUUGCAGCAUACUAGCACGAAAGCUGAGCUCUUUAGCGAGCGUUUCGAGGAUUCUAGCAGGUACCAAGGGUUGGAUAGCACGGUUGCAAAGACGUGGCACAUAUCUUUUAAGCAAAUCCAAAGGCAAGAUCCUCUUGCGGUGGAAUACCUCUCGUUCAUAUCAUGCAUCGAUCGUAUCAACAUCCCUCAGUCGCUGUUGCCGUCAGGAACAUCUCAACUGCAGCAUAUCAAAGCACUUGGCACCCUAACGGCAUACGCAUUUCUUACUGAGCGUCAACAGACUGUCCCAGGAGCUAAUAAGGAGAGGUUUUUCGACAUGCAUCGGCUAGUGCAUAUGGCGUUAAGCUGGUGGCUGGAGGGACAUGGUCAACGCAAAACCUGGGCAGGUACGGCAGCGGCCCGGAUCGAAGAACUCGUACCGUAUGGCGGACAUGAGAGAAGAGAGAUCUGGAUGGCGUACCUCCCUCAUGCACUGCAUGUGGUAGAAGUAGAGGAUGGUUUGGAUAGUACGACUAGUGCUAGGCUCCUAGAACGAAUAGGGCGAUGUCAAGAAAGCAGUGGGCAAUAUGCUCUGGCAGAACUGGCGCACCGACAAGCAUGGUCCUUUAGGAAGGAUUUGCUUGGGCUAGAGCAUUUCCACACGCUCACCAGCGUCAGCAACCUUGGGUUGGUGCUGGAGAGGCAGGGAAAGUACAAAGAGGCGGAGGCGAUGCAUCGACGAGCGCUGGAAGGAAGAGAGAAGGUGCUUGGGCGAGAGCAUCCCGACACGCUCACCAGCGUCAGCCAGCUUGGGUUGGUGCUGUUAAGGCAGGGGAAGUACGAAGAGGCGGAGGCGACGGAGCAUCAAGCGCUGGAAGGAAGAGAGAAGGUGCUUGGACGAGUGCAUCCCGACACGCUCACCAGCGUCAGCAACCUUGGGUUGGUGCUGUCGAGCCAGGGAAAGUACAAAGAGGCGGAGGCAAUGCAUCAACAAGCGCUGGAAGGAAGAGAGAAGGUGCUUGGGCGAGAGCAUCCUGACACGCUCAUCAGCGUCAGCAACCUUGGGUCGGUGCUGUCGAGGCAGGGAAAGUACAAAGAGGGGGAGGCGAUGCGCCAUCGAGCGCUAGAAGGAUAUGAGAAGGUGCUUGGGCGAGAGCAUCCCGACACGCUCACCAGCGUAUACCACCUCGCUCAUCUCCUUACCCAUCGGCAUCGUAUCAGCGAGUCCUUGUUAUUGUACCAGAGGGCAUGCGCUGGAUACUCCGCUGCUCUUGGGAACAAUCACCCUACCACACGGGCUUGUCUUAAACAAUAUUCUAAAUUAAGCGGGUGA